AUGGAAGAAGAACGAGCCUCAAAGCGUACCAAGUCAACCAAUAGCAUGGUCUCGUCAGGUGAUGAGCUCCCACCGCCUGGUAGUAGUUCCCGUACGGGACUUGCGUGUGAGGCUUGCAGACUCAGGAAGACUCGCUGCGUCGGCUUUCCCACCUGCUCGUGGUGCCAGCGCCGUCGCCAAUCUUGCAUCCGAGGCCAGAACAGUCAGACGAGCCCAUUGGAUGAUUGGGGCAAUCAGAUACUUGGUGCUAUAUCAAGGGCCAGGGAUGAAAUUCUCGGUGCAUCAAUCAGACUCAAUGCUGAUCGCCCGCUCAACCAUACCUCGGUUACGCUGCCGGAUAACGAACACGGUACUUGGCCUCGUGCCCAUAGAGGCCAGGGAUGCUUCGCGCCGAUGUCGAGCGCCGAGAACAUUUUACAGUGGGAUGUUUUGCGGAAUCAGCUUCCGAGAUCAGCCCAAUCCCCGACCAACACCACGGACCCGUAUGAACCUGACAGGUCCACUAACUCCAAGGCUACUGCCGAUACGUCUUCUGCCGGACUCCGAGCUCUGCAGCAACGCUUCGAGACUCAAUUCCUGGCUCGGUAUCCCAUUAUCAGCAGACCUUGGCUUACUCGCUGCGUCCGCAAUGUAGCAGAGAGCGACGGAGAUUGGAGUGCUGAAACAUGUCUCGUCUUUCUGGCUUGUGCUAUCGCGUCCCUAUGUGACUGCUCCGCUCACGAUGCCUUGACGCCUCAAGCCGCCUCAAUGAGUCCAGCAUCUGCUGUCUCAGGCUCAUGUAUGCCUAACUCGCGCCGGCCUGCGUAUCAGUAUUGGACUAUGGCAAAGCGGAGACUCGGCUGGGCCCUUGACGAGCCUGCAGGUCUGCUCGCCGCCCAAUGUCUGUGCCUAGCUGGGUUCUGGCAUCUGCUGAACUUCGCGCCACGAAGGGCUCGCAAAAUGUUUUAUCGUGCUAUUGAGAGUAUGAGGGAUAUGGUAUUUCCAAGCUUGCCGGAUAUUGAGAGGCAUCUGGCACGAUUCAUUCAUGUCCUCUGUGCCGACCUGCUCGAACGUUUGAAUUUUGAGUUGGAGCUUUCCCCAUACAACGGCCGAAAGGAACCUACCAACGAAACCUUUUCACUAAACGAAAGCCCCAAUCUUCCUGCUGCGAUCAGUCUUCACGCGGAAGACUUGGCUGGAGGCUUGUCUUUCAAGCUCACAAACAAUCCACAGCAGUUGCACCCAAUUCGAAAAGACAUCAACAAACUCCUGGCUUCCAUAUCAACAUUCUCCAGCUGGCUUGACCUGUAUUCGUUGCAUGGCCAAGCAAAAGAUUUGCGAUGGCGUCUCAACCAACUCACAGACCCAAGGAGCAUCAUCUGCGGGGAAGCUUCAAGCUCGACUGCACUUAGUCAUUCAUUCGGUGAGACGAUCUUUGAAGAUCUGAGGUAA